UAGUGCACUUAGUUACGGAAUAAAGUGGGUUUAGGAUGCAGCCUGUGUAGCGGGCUCGUGCACAGAGCUGACAGGACAAAUAACUCAUGAUAAUCUCAGAGUUUGGCUGUAAUCACAUCUAUAAUGGAGGACUGGGGUCUGUUACAGUCCACACAGAAAAGGAGCUUCACCUCCAUCAUUGCGGCCCGGCUCAGUAGAAAGCGGAGGCUUCAGAGUCGAAGUGAACUUCAGGAAGCUUCCAUAAACCUAAUAAACAGUAACCAGAACAUCUCGGCUCUCCUGCAGGAAACAUCAGCAGGUACAGGAGGCAACACACACACCUGUAAGCUCCGUCUGGGAGAGAUCAGAAGUAGUGUUCUGGAGUGUGAGCUGCGCAGACAAGCGGAGGAGAUGUGUGUACCUGUCUCUGUACUGUCCGUCAGGAUGCUGAUGGAGAGACUUAAAGCUUUGCAGGGAGACACAGUCACUGCCAUGUUGGACUCCGCCCACAGGGCUGAGCUCAUCAUGCUGUUAUGUGCAGCUCAAGAGCUGUUAAACGUGGGAGUGUUUAGUCCCAAACUGUUUUGGCAGGAGUACUGGAAAAGCCAGCCUGUGCUGGAAGUGGUGUAUCGUCUGCACACUGAGGAGCUACUUCCACUGCAAUACAUUCUGACUAGUGAGGCUGGGGUACAUGUGUGGUUAGCGUCUCAGUUACAGUCGCUGUGUGAAUGCAGAGUGACGGAGGAAGAGGGAGUCAUGCGUCAUCACAUUCUCUCCACUGUGGUGUGUGUGUUGGUCCGUCUUGGAUUUGAGAAUGCACAGGACUCCGGUGUGUCUCACUCCUGCUGUGCAGUGUUGGACAGUAUGCACUCCUGGCUCUUGGAUUCAAUAGAAAACACACACACCGCAGACCCCUCACACACCGCAGACCCCUCACACACCGCAGACCCCUCACACACCGCAGACCCCUCACACACCGCAGACCCCUCACACACCGCAGACACCACACACACCGCAGACACCACACACACAGCAGACCCCACACACAUCACACACACUACAGAAUUCUCAAAACAUCUACCAGCUGCAGCAGUUUGGCUUGGUGUGUUCAGGACGUCUGUGUUUGCUGUGUCCGUGUCUGAAGAUGCUGUGUGCCGUUUUUUUACACACACACUCACACACACUCUCACACAUCAGCCCCGUCUCAAAGUGUCAGACGCCAUAGCUAUGCAGAGUCAGUGGAGUUUUGCUAAAACGUCUCCGUUGAUGACGUCAUUAUUUUGUAAGGUGUGUGUGGUGUUCAGUAUGGAGGAGGUGUGUUCACACCUGCAGCGGAUAUUAGAGACUCUGGAAGUGAACUGGAAGAAUGUUCUGACCUGCAUUUCAACACUGUUGGUGUAUCACUCACACAUGCAGGCUUGCCUCAAAGAGUUGUUGUCCCAGCUGCUGAGCUCGGCGUUUCACUGCUACGAUUUGGAGAAAAUGAUCACAGCCUUUCUGUUAGCUCGACAAGGGGCACUAGAGGGUCCUGCCAUUUUUCUCUCCUACAGCGACUGGUUCAAGAUCUCUUUUGGUGGGCCAAGUGGUUACCACGGUAACAGUAAGAAGUCACUAGUGUUCCUGUUGAAGUUCCUGUCUGACCUUGUGCCCUUUGACCCCCCACAGUACCUAAAGGUCCAUGUCCUGUACCCACCCUAUGUUCCAGGGAAACACCGCUCUCUCUUGCAGGAGUUUAUCUCUCUGACCAGGACACGUCUCUCUGACCUCAAGGUUUCUGUUGAACAGAUGGGGAUGUAUGAGGUGGUCUCGGGGGCUGCGACUGAGGUUAAGCCAGAGUGUGUUGCCCAGCAAGACGUAGAGAAAGCUGUAGCGUUCUUUCAAAACACUGGGAGGAUCUCAGCCACUGUGAUGGAAGCCAGUAUAUUCAGACGGCCGUAUUUCCUGUCACGAUUUCUUCCUGUUCUGUUGACACCACGCAAGCUUCCCGAGAAACCUGAUAAUCACAUGGCUUUCAUCGAGGCACUCAAGAAGGCAGAGAAGAUCCCAGCUGCUCUGUACUCUUCCUACACUGAGUCCUGUGUGAGACAGCAGCAGGCAGCAGGUGUGUGUGACUCAAAAGAACAGGACCCUCAGGUGGAUGUUCACACUCAUUUAAUGCAACUGAAGAUGUUACUGUCUUCUGGUGCUGCUGAAGGAGAGGUGCGAGCACAGGUUGCCAUGUUGUCUCAGACCCUGGGUGGUGUGUGUGAUAAUCUGGACAAACAGGACGAGUGUGAGACCAUAACACUGACUCUGGACCCACACUCUGCUACACACACACCUCCUGUUGUAAAUGUGAUUCUGCAGGGUUUCUGUGAAUGUGUACUGGCAACCUGCAGAGUUGCUCCUCCGAACAGGCAGUGUCAGUGGGUUGGAGUGUUUGUGAAGAUGUUACUAGGACAUACACAGCUGUACACACACAUCCUGCAAAGAGUUCUGCUACUACUUCACCUCCAAGGGCCAUCUCUCUCUCCUGCCCAUGUCCUGGCUCUGGCAGUGUUGGUGGUGGACCUGCAUGUGUGUAGAGAUCAGUUUCCCCUGGUGGACCUGUCUCACAAUAUCUGUCUCACACCCUCUACCCGUCUGACUCCAUCUGAGGCCCUGAGUCAUGCUUUACCUUUUUCUACUGCCAGUGGCAUGGAGUUCUCCCUCAGGUUCUGUGUAGUGGCAGUGUGUUAUGCUCUGUGUAAAUCCAGUUCACAUGCUGAGGAACUCACACACUUUAUCCCCCCUCGACUCUAUAAACAGCUGCUGUUCCUCACACCAAGGCUCGUGCCAGAGCUGCGUUCAGCUGUGUUAACGAUAGGGAGACAGGACGAUGAUGAUGAUGAUGAUAAGUAUGUUGAUGAAGAGCAGUGUGUGGGUGCAUGGGCAAGUGUGACUGACAGCAGGAGGAGUAUAAAGACCUCUGUCAAAGCACUGUGGCGACAUACCACCAUCAGAAACCUGCAGAAACACCUGAAACACCAGUUGUCAUUCUCUGACUGGUUGAUAUUCGAGCUCCGGGUGCAGCGCAGUCAAGAUGCAUUGUCUGAUACAGAGAGACAGCUGUAUGAGCAGUGGGCGUGUCAGCAGUGGUUUCUCCCUCUGUGUGUGAGUGCAGGAGGCUGUAAGGGAAACACAGCAACAGCCUGCACACACAUAAUCAAUGCUGUGCUGGAUACAGGUAUGCCUGGACUGCUGCAUUCCCCAGCUCCACUUCACACAGACUCGUGUUGUGUGGACAUCCUGGCUAGACUGCAGGAGCUUUUAUGGGAGCUGCAGUUCACACACAAGACCAGUGUGAGGGAGGAACGUCUGUUCUUCUGGGAUCUGAUGGAUCAGAGAUGUUCAUUGGGCUCUGAGCUAGAGCUAGAAAAAACAAUGCACACCUGCAACAGUGUGAUCCUCACCAUUCCAGCUUCCCUCCUUGUGUGUGUUUGUGCUGCUGGAGGAAAGAGCAUGCUGGACUGCACAGCACUAAUGGAUCACAUAAAUAAUCAUCAGAGAAGGGUGUGUUCUCCUGCUGGUGUUCUUUCCUGUUCCUUGACGACUCACUUCCUCUCAGCAGUGCUCAGUGUGAGUGUUCGUUGUGAGUCUCCAGUUGAAGCCGUUAAUGCUACUCUGUCUCAGCUCAGUGUGUGCUGUCCCCUUCUGCUGAUAUCAGCUGUGCGGUGGUGGUCGUGUGUCUCUCCAGUGUUAUGCUCUUUGUGGGAGCGUUUGAUUGGAGGGCAGCAGCCUGAUAUGCUACAGCUACUGAGCAACUGCAAUCAGUGGGCCUGCAGGUGGGUGAGGGGUCUCCCAGGCGACGUUCCCUCGGCUCCUGCGUUGGUGUUAGCUGUGUGUGUGCACGUUGUGAUUGAAGAGCGGAGCAGCGACACUGAGUGUGUUCAAGCAAAACUUACUCUGCUCCAGCAGCACAGAGAGGUGCUGGUUUUUCUGCUCUUCUUCUACAUAACAGACUUCCUCUCCGAACAUCUUUCACCACAGGUGGAUCAGGGUGUGAGCCGUGCUAAAGGCUUCGGGGUCCAGCUCAUCACCCUGCUGGCUGACUCUUCUGAUUGGCUCUCCCUGUUCCACCAAUCAGGGCACAGGAAGGACCAUGAACACAGUUCAGAACGGAAUGCCUACACCGGUGCGGUCUCCAUGGUAACCACAGAUCUGUGUGCACAGCUGAUGCCCUUUGGGUUGUUCAGCAUGUUGGUGGCUGUUAAUGCGAGUGUGUUGAGCAGAGUGAUGGUUAGCUCAGGGUUCCUCUACACAGCUGUGAUGUCAUACACUGCGCUGAUGAAGCUUUUCCUGCUCGGAUACACUGCAGACAUCAAGGCUGACACUCCGCAGAUCCUGCGUGAAUCUCAGCACAUUGUUUUGAAGAGCAUCUCAGUGAUUCGCCUCGGCUCCGUCACUCACAGCCGGUUACGACAGAUGGAGGCGGAGUGUAUGGAGCUGGAUCCCGAGGUGGCAGCUGCGCUCUCGGCUCUGAGGUCUAAUGACCUUUGACCUGCAGGAUUUCUCUGUGUGACGAGAAACUUCUUGUUUGACUGUUUGUCGCUCGUGAUAAACUCACUACAGGAGGAUUGUGGGUAAUUAUAGACUGGUAUCUGUAUCUGAAGUCCAGGCACAACAGGAAACAGGAAGUAAACAGACUUGAGGGUCUUUACAGUGAUAUGAAAUGUAAUAAAACACAGUGAUGCAUCAAAGUGCA